GGGUCGGGAAGGAAAGAGAUGCAACGAAAAUCAUCAAGGGGCACUUACAUCGCUAACAAUCUUCUUCUUUGGGUGCUCUGCGCUCUCCUAACAUUAUGCUGCUUCUUCAGUCAGCCAGCCCUAGGGGCCCCGGGCCCCCCAGAUACCGGCGUCAAAUUAGAACUAAAAAGCCAUGGUGAACAGAAGUUUGGAGACAGUUGUAAAGAUGACACAGACUGUGGAUUUGAUGGGUCAGAAUGCAAUCCUGAGCAAAAGAAAUGUUACUGCCGAAAGGAAUUCACUGUUACAAAUCACAUUGACAAAUGUGGAAUGCCUGCCAAUAUUGACGAAUCGUGCUACUUCCAUGAACAGUGUCAAGGAAAAGUUCCACAAACUGAAUGUCGAGAUGGACUUUGUUCUUGCGUCUUUGAUAAAAUUCCUAGGUUGAAUGAUGACAAUACUAUAGAGUGCAUCGAUUUACCACCGAGAGAAAUUAAGAAGAUUGGCGACAACUGUAAGACUGACAGUGAAUGUGGAUUUUUUGGAGCUCACUGUAGUAGUGAUCAUAAAAAAUGUUUCUGCAGAAACGAAUUCCUCACUUCGAAUCAAAUUGAUAAAUGUGGAAAUCCUUCGAACGUGAAUGAAUCAUGUGACUUCAACGAGCAAUGCGAAAUGAAGGUACCACAAACCGAGUGUCGUGAUGGCCGAUGCAUUUGCAUAUUUGAGAAGAUUCCUGUACUUCAAGAUGAUGGAACUACAGUUUGUAUUGCCGAAAUCAGGGAACCUCCAAAUUUACGAACUGUCGAUCCAGCAAUGAUUGGAGUCCUCGUUGGAAUGGCUUUGAUGUUCAUCAUUAUUUGUGUCGUUCUUAGACUUUUUAGCAAAGCACGAUGGAGGGAAAAUCGCACCAUCUUUAAUACACCAAAUGCUCGUCUGAUGAACGUCUCAUUAUUGAAGGACAACAAACUUCUUCAUGGACAAGAAAGGCGCGGAUCACGCGCCAGUGUCAGAGGACCAUCACGACAACCAUCAAUGGCAUCCUUGCGCGCGCAUUCGCCAAACGCCUCGCAAGGUGCGAAACACUCUCAGCGAGUGAGCCACGUGGUACAAGAUACUCGAAUAACAAAGCCUUCGUUGCCAGGGUCUCGUGCAGGAUCACGUCGUGGGAGCCGUGGAAGCAGUGGGAACGCAUCGGCAGUUUCCAAUAAAUCCAAUAAAUCGCCACCCAAUAAUAAUACACCAGCUGAUCCAGCAAUGGAGGACGUCUCAAUCAAGAUUCUCGAGGCCAAGGCAUAAAACAAAUAUUUCGCGAGCCCGUCUUCUAUACAUUUAAUUAAUUAUAUAAAUAUAUUACAACAAAAAAAAAAUCGCAUUUUAUGUAGAUGAGAAUUUAAAUGAAUUUACAUUGAGUUUGAGGUGCGUAUUUAUAUAAAAAGAGAAAGUUUGACCUUGAGAACAAAAAAUAGGUGGAGGGGAUGGGGAUAAGAAGGAGAAAGAGAAGCGUUACCUCUUUCUCUCUCUCAUCUCCCCCCCCCACUUUAACUCACAUUGACUCCUCCUAUAAGCGUAAUUUAAACUCAAUUAAAAUCCAUUCAUAACCCAACAGCUUCGAAUUGAAACGCUCCUAAAUGAAUUUAAUCUCAAAUAAAAAGCUUUCAAAGAAUCUCACUCUAUUAGAAAAAAAAAUAACGAUUUUUGUUUCUUUUAUUUCUUUUAAAGCAAAAAUUGACAAUUGUGGGUAUUAUAUCUGAUAUAUAAAUCCCGAAUUUAAAGAAUUUAGCAAAAAUUUUCAAAAAAAAAAAAAAAAGAAACUCAUUAGCGAAAGUAAUUGAGUAGAAAAAUUUACUUUGGAGCCUCAUUAUUAAGCUCCCGUGCAAAUUUAUUCGUCUCUUCUGUCAAUAAUAAAAUUAUUGCUAAUUAGAAUAUAUUUAGAAUUUCAGAAUUAGUUUCUAUUAGUAUUAGAUUUUUCUACCACUUUAUUUCUCUGAAAAUUUUUUUUUUUUUUCAAUUUUCACCAAAAAUGUACUGAACACGAUGAUUCUUUCUGGUGACCAAUUAAAAUAAUUAAUUUAAAGUACGAAAAAUUUUCACCGCGGAUAUGAAAUUGUAAAGUUUGAUUAAAUUCUACUUUCAUUGACAUUUAACAAAAAAUAAUUUUAUCGUGUGAAAGAUGAAUUUUUUUUUUAAUUUACAAAUUUUGUUGAAAAUGAAUAAUGGAUUUUUUUUUAAGUAACUGGGUUUUUAAAUUAUAUUUGGAAAAAUUAAUUUUAUCAGAAGUGAAAAAUGAAAAAAAAUGUGAGAAUGAUUUGAAAAUAUUUUAUCAAUAUUGCAUUCCAUCAAUCAUAAUCUGGGAACACGUGUAUUUAAAAAGCAAACAAAAAAAAAUAAAAAAAAAAUCUCAAGAGCCACACGAAGGGACCAGAUGAAAGUGAAAAUUUUGGAAGUAAUUUAUACACCAAUUUUUUCUUCUGUCCCAUUUAAAUCCUGAAAACUCAACUUGAAAUUUAGAUUGUACCUCUUACUAUAAUAAAGUCUAGAUCUUAAGCUUUGUGAUAAGCCUAAUGAAGCAACUUUUUAGAAACUAAUAUAUAAAAAAAUCUACUUUUUUUAUA